CGGGGAUGCAGCGGGUGAUGCUGCGCCUGGCGCAUGAGCGCUGCGCCCCAGCCCCGCACCCGGCCCAGCCCCGCCGCACAGCCCGGAGCCAGGACCCACCAUGACCAAAGAGGACUCGGGCGAGCUACCCGCCGGGGACGACCCCCUGCAGCCCGAGCCCGCGCUGGAGCGCAGGAUGAAGCCCAUCGUGCACCCCUCGGCCCCCGCCCCGCUGCCCAAGGACUACGCGUUCACCUUCUUCGACCCCAAUGACCCGGCCUGCCAGGAGAUCCUGUACGACCCCGCCACCACGGUGCCGGAGCUGUUCGCCAUCAUCCGGCAGUGGGUUCCCCAGGUGCAGCACAAGAUCGACAUCAUCGGCAAUGAGAUCCUGAAGCGCGGCUGCCACGUGAACGACCGGGACGGGCUGACGGACAUGACGCUGCUGCACUACGCCUGCAAGGCCGGUGCCCACGGCGUGGGGGACCCCGCGGCCGCCGUGCGCCUGUCCAACCACCUGCUGGUGCUGGGGGCCGACGUGACCCUGCGGAGCCGCUGGACCAACAUGAACGCCCUGCACUACGCCGCCUACUUCGACGUGCCCGAGCUCAUCCGCAUCCUGCUCAAGGCCUCCAAGCCCAAAGUGAUCAACUCCACCUGCAGCGACUUCAACCACGGGACCGCUCUGCACAUCGCCGCCUCCAACCUCUGCCUGGGGGCCGUCAAGUGUCUGCUGGAGCACGGCGCCAACCCCGCUGUGAGGAACAGCAAGGGGCAGGUGCCGGCGGACGUGGUGCCCGACCCCAUGGACAUGACGCUGGACAAGGCGGAGGCGGCCAUGGUGGCCAAGGAGCUGAAGCAGCUGCUGCUGGACGCGGUGCCGCUGAGCUGCAACCUGCCCAAGGUGACGCUGCCCAACUACGACAACAUCCCCGGCAACCUCAUGCUGGCCGCCCUCGGCCUCAAGCUGGGCGACCGCGUCCUCGUCGACAGCCAGAAGGCGGGCACCCUGCGUUUCUGCGGCACGACGGAGUUCGCCAGCGGGCAGUGGAUCGGGGUGGAGCUGGACGAACCCGAGGGCAAGAACGACGGGAGCGUGGGCGGGAUCCGCUACUUCAUCUGCCCCCCCAAGCAAGGGGUUUUUGCCUCCGUGUCCAAAAUCACCAAGGCCACGGACCAGACACCGUCCUCGGUGACCUCCACCCCCAAGACGCCCCGCAUGGACUUCUCCCGCGUCACCGGCAAGGGCCGCAAGGACAAGAAAGCGCUCAGGAAGAAGUCCCUGUCCGUGGGCAGCCUGGACCGGGAGGGGCUGAAGAUCGAGCUGGGGGACCAGGUGCUGGUGGCGGGGCAGAAGCAAGGGGUCGUCCGCUUCUACGGCAAGACCGACUUUGCCCCGGGCUACUGGUUCGGCAUCGAGCUGGACAAGGCUACGGGCAAGCAUGACGGCUCGGUCUUCGGGGUGCGGUACUUCACCUGCUCCCCCAAGCACGGGGUCUUCGCCCCCCCGACCAGAGUGCAGAGGAUCGGAGGGCCCAAGGACUCCCAAGGCGACGGCAGCUCGGCCAAGAAGGUCCAUCAGGUCACGAUGUCCCAGCCGAAGCGAAGCUUCCCGGCUGUGAGGACCCCCAAGGACAUCACGUCAGAGAGCUCCAUCUCCAGAUUGCUUUUCUGCUGCUGGUUCCCUUGGAUGCUGCGGGCAGAGAUGCAGUCGUAAAACCCCGGCCCCGUGCCCCCCCGUGCCCCGAGUAACCCAGAGACGGCUCCUCUGUCCCGGUCUCAUCUCUCUCUCUGUCUCUCUCUGUCUCUCACUCCCUCCCUUCCCUCGAUACGGACCCAGCAAACCCCUGCCCAGUGCCUUCGUACCACUGCUUGUGGCCCCCCUGCGUGCCCGCCCCCCCACGUCCGUGAGGGGCCACAAGUCGCCGCCCCUCUCCCCACGGGAUAAAAAUGACUUCGCUCCUCAUUUUGCUUUGCCCCCCUCCCAGCCUCCUCCGGGCACGGCGUGGGGAUGGGAGCUGAUGGGUUGGACUUCAGUCUUGGGUGAAACCCGUCUUGGGCUGGGGGUCUUGAGGGGGCUGCCGGGCAAAGCCUGGCCCGUAGGCAAUGCGGGUGGACCAGAGGCAUCGUGCUGCACUGCUCCGAGUCAGCAAUGUAGCGCUUCUCCCCAGCACCAGCCGCCUUUCGGCUCGGGAGUCGUAGUCGUAGUCGUUGCCGUCCGGGGUCUGUGCUGCGACGCCGUUAUAGGGCAGGGACAGAGUUGGGUUUGAACAGAAGCAGGUUUUGCGAUAGGCCUUCAGAGCAGGGAGUUUGGCCAGGAGCUUUCCGAAGGAGUGCAGGUUUCCUUUCUAAGGGAAAAAAACCCAACCGCCCCCGUUCACUCUGAAACCUACUGACGUACACUUACCAUAGGUGGGAGAUGCCGUUUGCAAACGGGGUUUGGAGAGAAUUUGGAGAGCAAGGGCUUCUAAAAGAGCAGGUCGCCCGAUGUCCCUUACCCCCUCCUCUCCCCUCUAGUGGGUGCUUUUCCCACGAUGUGAUUUUAGGGAAAAUACUUUGAUUUUUGGUUUCCUUUCCAAGCUAUCUAGGGAAAAACCCCUCUAUUUUUAAAAGAAAAAAAAAGACCCUUAAUAAUUAUUUUAAGAAAAGAAAAAAACAUGGUGUGCGGGGGCUGGAAGUCUCAUUUAGAGGCAAACAAAAGUUGGUCCAGUUGACUUUGCCUGGUUUGGUUCAGUGACCUCUUCCCCAUCUGGAUGCGGUUAAACCAGGAUAAAGAGGCUCGGUCCAGAUGUGGACAAGCCUGUUGUUGUUCCCGCCCCGCCGCGGUGUGUUGUUCACUGGAGGAACUCCUUGCUACAGGACGCUGGGAGACGAGGCCGAAGGGGGUCGGAGACGUUUUGAGGGGAAAGAUCCAUCCGUAGGUUAAGAACAGGGCUGAUGUAGGCGGCAGCCUCCGCAUCCGAACGUCCGACACCUCCGAAUGCAACCGGAGAGAAGCAGGGGUGGGACGAUGUCGCCCGUACCCUCUUAAUGGCGCGAGGCCGGGCGGGCUGACGUCGUCGGUGGCGUUUCCAGGGCCUGGGGACGGACGGAUGUCAGAGGGGCCGAUGCAGGGUUGUCCCGCGAUCGAUACCUGGCUGGAAAGGAGGCGAGGUCUCCGGAGGAAAGAUGCGUUUCUCUCUCCGCUGCGUCGAGUGCACCCAGCGAAAGGCUGGAAGAGCGGGGAGGGGUCUGCCCAGGUGCUUUGGGAUCGUGCAAAGCCCAGGGGAUGCAGAUGGGCUGCGUCACCUGCGGGUUCGAUUGCAGCGGGACGGAGAUGUAGGUUAGAUACCGCCAGAGCUCAGCCCAGAGGGGGGAUCACGUAGCAGGGAAGCUGGGCAUUGUCCGGCCGCGGAUGUUUCCAAGUGUUGUUGCAGCCAGAGCUGGUGCUGGCGGGGGCAAGGGACGGGGGGUGGACUGGACGACCCCCCCCGACCCACUUUUCUACCCCGUCCCCCAGCUCUGGCCUUGUUUGUGCUGCAAAGUAUUGCUAUAUCGGUGACAGGGCCUGGAAAAUACCCGCCCGCCCCGCGUGCAUCAGCGCGAGAGGCGGGUGGAGGCUGCCUCUCCGCGCGGCACCGCAGCGGGAGUUGCAGCUGUGCCGUGUAGACAGACUCCACACCUCGAGCAAGUCGGGGCGAGGUUGCUAGUGGCGUUUUGGUGCCUGGCCGUGCGAGGUUCGGGUUCACCGGAGGAACGCGGGGCGGGGGUUGUCCGGCUGUCCCUGAUCCGGCAGGGUUGAAGGAUGUCGAGGGGGGCCGUGAAGAUCGGUGGCGCCUGGUCCUGAGACGGCAGCUGUGGUUUCUGGCCAAGUCCUUGCAGGCAGCGUUGGCGGCAGCCUCCAGAUUGCUGUAGGGAGGUGGGCGGGGAGCGGGGGCGGGCUGGUGGCCUAAGGGAGUGCGUGGUUGUUGGAGGAGGCUGGGAAGAGAUGAGAGAAUCUGUCCUGCUGGCCUUCGAGCCACGUGUCCUGCUUCCCAUCUCUCUGUCUAGCCAUCAGUAUCCCUCUCUCCUUAGAUCCAUCCAUCCAUCCACCCACCCACGGGCGCGAGGACCCUGCGAGGGCCCUUCCGACCCUACUUUCCUAUCACCCAUCCAUCCCUCCAACCAUCUGGACGGGUCUGGGGUUUCAUCUGCCUGUCCGCCCAUCCACCUGUUCGCAUAAGCAUCCAGCCCAUGGGCUAGAAGACCUCAUGAGGGCCCUUGCAGCCCUACUUUGCAAUGAUCCAUGCAUCUGUACGGCCCUAUGGAGAUCCAUCCUUCCUCCCUCCCCCUAGCCAUCCAUCUCUGUGCCCACUUCUCCAUCCAUCCCUCCUGAUCUGUGAAGGCCCAUCCAUCCAUCCAUCCAUCCAUCCAUCCAUCCAUCUUGAUCUAUGGACAUCCCUCCCUCGUGGUCUAUGGACAUCCAUCCAUCCAUCCAUCCAUCCAUCCAUCCAUCCAUCCAUCUGCAUUGAUCUAUGGACAUCCAUCCCUCCUGGGCUAUGGACAUCCCUCCAUCCAUCCCUGUGCCCGCUUCUCCAUCCAUCCCUCCUGGGCUAUGGACAUCCAUCCAUCCAUCUGUGUUGAUCUACGGACAUCCCUCCCUCCUAGUCUAUGGACAUCCAUCCAUCCAUCCAUCCAUCCAUCCAUCCAUCCAUCCAUCCAUCCAUCCAUCCAUCUCUGUGCCCACUUCUCCAUCCCUCCCUCCUGGACUAUGGACAUCCAUCCAUCCAUCCAUCUUGAUCUAUGGACAUCCCUCCCUCGUGGUCUAUGGACACCCAUCCAUCCAUCUGCAUUGAUUUAUGGACAUCCCUCCCUCCUGGGCUAUGGACAUCCAUCCAUCCAUCCACCUAUACAGGUCGAUGGCGAUCCACCCAUCCCGCUGCCCACCUCGCCAUCCAUCCUUCCAUCCCUCCCUCCAUUCCUGCUCCACCGCUUUCCCUCCACGUGCGAUCCCGCCUCUGUCCCUGCCUCCUCCUCCUCAUAUCAUCGCUCUUCCCAUCACAUCCGAGGGGGGCUGGCGGCAGAGGCGUCGCGUUCUCGUCUCUUCCCUGCGCCCCGGAGGCCACGAUGGCUUUGGAGGCCGUUUUCUGUUCCAGGCUGGGCCCAGCCUGGAUCCGGCUUUGCUCUGAGUUGGAUCUUAUCAAAACAGAAGUGGCUUCCUGAGAUCCAUGGAAAGCUCGUGGCUUUGGCUCAGGCGUGUCCGGCUAGCGGCAUGGGGGCUGAGCCACGCUUAGGUCUUGGGUUUGGCGGGGCGUAGCGCAGCGUGGGGAAGGGCUAGCACGAACCAGGGCUCUCAAGACCCCACCCUGCUCUCACUGAGCUAAGGUAGAAAGGCUGGUGCGGGGCUUGUCGGGCGCCCCACCUCUGCCACCGAUGUGCUGUGUGGCCUCGGUCAAGUCACUUUGUCGCGGUGCCUCAGUUUCCGCCCCCCGGUACAACAGGGUGUGGGGGCUGUUCUGGAGCCCAAGGGGUCCCGGCGCUAGGUUUUCCCCAGCCCUUCCUAGGGGCACAGAGAGCGAUGCUGGGGGUGAAACGGACUGGGGUGGGGCGGGCGGGGGCACAUCCCUGCCCUGUCCAGCUCUUCCUCUCUGUCUCCCGUGAUCGCACCGCCUCCCUCCACCCCUCCCCGUCCCUGCCCCUGCCCCACGGUGGGGAAACCCCCCCAAGCCCUCGCCCUGCUUGGUUGUUUUUCACUAGCAAUAAAACCCUGCCAUGGAUCUGGUCGCCCCGGGAAAGGGGAAGGGGGGGCGUCUUGGUUCUUCCCCGUUAUCCCCCUCCAGCACCCCCCUGCCCUCGCUUCCGGGCGGGGGGCAGCACUGCACCGCUAACCCCACGGCCGGCCCCGGGGGUCGGGGACCUGCAGCGGGCCCGGGCCCGUCCGGGUGUUUGUAGCCUAGGUGUCGCGCCCGGCGGAGUCGAACUCUCGUUUCGUUUCUCUCUCUUCGCUCACGCCGUCUCGUCCCACGGUCUCGUGAGUGGCUUGCUGCUCCCACAGCUCACCUCAGCUCACCUGCAUGCCCCCCCGCGAGCCCCGGCCCCAGCUCUGGAAACUCCGCAUGCGACAAAUCGACGGCGCUUACUCGCUUCUGUCAUUAAUAAACCGUGUUUCUAUGUGA